AUGGCGAGCAACAGGGCAUCCGGCGUCGAGUAUGAGAGCGGCAGCGACCACGACGGCGCGCUGCAGAAGCCGCUGCUGCCCAACAGCGGGAGCUGGUACCGGAUGGGGAUGGGGUCGCGCCAGUCCAGCCUCAACGCCGCCGGCACCUCCUCCAUGGCCGUCCUGCGCGAGUCCCACGUCUCCGCCUUCCUCUGCACGCUCAUCGUCGCGCUCGGCCCCAUCCAGUUCGGCUUCACCGGCGGAUACUCCUCCCCGACGCAGGCCAGCAUCAUCCGGGACCUCAACCUCUCCAUCUCCGAGGCACGUCCCUCCCUCUGCCUGUGA